AUGAGGUUCUCUAUCAGUCGCGCCCUCAGCAGGCUCUUGUUCCUAUCUGGUGCUUCUCUUGUCGCAGCAGAGCCAACAUCCUCGCCAACACCGACCCCAGCAUCAGGGCAGGCUGCACCGCUUCCAAAAACAUACGGAAUGCUGCUCUUCCGUGGUUACGAGCUGCUCGACGUCUUCGGCCCCCUCGAGGCUCUCGCAGUUCUAGCCAGGCGCACGAAAAUUGACCUUUACAUGCUGGCCGAGACCCUCGACCCGGUUACAACGGAGCCAUUGAUGCCGUCCAUGAACAGCUUCAACUCUUCCUUCUUCCCUACAGUCAACCCAACUCACACUCUCGCGAACGCACCUGACAUUGACGUCCUCAUGGUCCCUGGCGGGAUCGGAACUCGAUCCCCGUUCCUGAACGACACCAUUGAUUGGAUCGCAGAGACGUAUCCGAAGGUCCAGUAUCUCCUCACAAUCUGCACGGGCUCUGCGCUUGUUGCAAAAUCUGGUGUCCUGGAUGGCCGUCGCGCGACCACAAACAAGGCAAGCUGGAGCAGUAUGACGCUGUAUGGGCCAAACGUAGAGUGGGUGCCAAAGGCGCGGUGGGUCGUUGAUGGCAAUAUUUGGACUUCUUCGGGCGUCUCUGCGGGUAUUGACGCGACAAUGGCGUUCAUUGAGCACCUAUACGGGGAAGACAAUGCGACUGAGAUUGCGAAUAUCAUGGAGUACGAGAGACACACGGAUCCGGACUGGGAUCCAUUCUCGGAGAUCUGGGGAGUGCCUAACGCUUGA